ACGUUUCGCGCCAUAUUCCCCCCCACAAACACACACGACUCCCACACGGGGAUGGUUGCGAGUGCGGCUCCCUCAAAAUACUAAGUCAGCAUUUAAAGUGAUUCCCGGCGAGUCGCAGUGAUGGCCAAAGUGCACAUAGUGAACGUGGUGGUGCUAGAUAACCCGUCGCCCUUCUUCAACCCCUUCCAGUUCGAGAUAACGUUCGAGUGCGUGGAGGACCUCCAGGAAGAUCUGGAAUGGAAGAUAAUUUAUGUAGGAAGCGCAGAGAGCGAGAACUAUGACCAAACCUUAGAUACUGUUUAUGUUGGGCCAGUGCCCGAGGGUAAACACAUGUUCGUAUUUCAGGCUGAUCCUCCAGAUGAGAAUAAAAUUCCUGUUGGGGAUGCUGUCGGAGUUACUGUGGUGUUGUUAACUUGUGGCUACAAGGGCCAGGAGUUCGUGCGUGUUGGUUAUUAUGUCAACAACUCUUACACAGAUUCUGAACUGCAGGAAAACCCACCAGAUGUUCCACAGUUUGAUAAGCUCCAGAGAAACAUUUUGGGGACUCAACCACGUGUCACAAAGUUCAAAAUCGAUUGGGAUGAUGCUAAGGACUCUGAAAACAUCCCUCCCUCAGAAAAUGCGAGUGAGGGUGCAAACACCUCUCAAAGCUCCUCUGACAUGAAACCUGUCUUAGGAAUGGAGAACAGCAAUAGUGCUUGUGCCAUGGAAGUUGCGUAAAAGUUGAAUGUGUAGUGGGAAUUUCAUAUUUGCAUUGAUUUUCAUAUUGUAAAUGUCUCGUCUAUGGAAGGUUCAGUUUUAAACUUGUAAUGUACCUGUUCACACCCCUGCCAUUAGACAUUCUUUCAUAAAUAAAAAAUAUUUUAAUAUUUGCAUUACUGUAUAUUUAUAAGCAUGUUGUACUAGACAAAAUUUUGAAUAUUUUAUGUUAAUGAAACUGGAAGCAUUUAUAUAUAUUUUACAAAUAUAUAUUUUAUAAAUUCACUUUAUGGACCAUACCUAUGUUUGCUCGACUUAAAUCUUCGUACCAGUGAUGUUGAUCGGGUCUUCGUACCAGCGAUGAUUGUGCGUGUUGAUCGUGUCUCCAAGUUGGUUUAGUGAGACUAGUGAAAUCUUGGGUCUUGCAACAUUGUCCUUGGGAGGCACGUGUGCUCCAGGUCAGUGGAACAUGUUGGUAGAUGCUUUAAUGAUGCACAAGUGUACAAACUGAAUUGGCUUAAACGUGUCUGAUAAGACAAUGCGAGCUUUAGAAAUUGGCAGUGUAGAUGUUAGUUCAAGAGUCCCGUUAUGAAAGGUUAUUGCUUUGUAUAUUAGUUCUUUUAAUUAAAUGUUUUCUUGUC